AUGGCAAUAGAACAAUUUAUCACGAAGGGUGACGAUGCCCUUAAAUCGAAAGACUAUUUAGGUGCAAUUUCCUACUAUUCUCAGGCAAUUAAGGAAAAUCCUCAAGCGUUCUCCCCUUAUUUGAAGAGAUCAACCGCGUAUCAAAAAUUAAAGAACAAUGACAAAGCAAAGGCAGACAUAUCCAGUGCAUUUUCCAUUGCCACCGAAAAAGGCAAAAGAGUAGAUAUUGGCUUAUGUUAUUUUAAGCUUGGAUUGGUUUAUUAUCAGGAAAAGAAAGUCAAGUUAAGUUUGACCCAAUUUGAAAAGGCAGUCGAAUACGACUGUAAGGAACCAACUUUAUCUAUGUGGAAGGCCAAGGCCGAGUAUGAUUUGAAGAACCACCCUGAAUGGAAUGUUGAGGGCGAUAAAGAAGAAGACGAUGAUAUAGAUUUAGUUCUUGGUGUUGAAAACGAGUACACCCAAUCAAUGGCUAAUACCGAGAAGGACAAAUCUCAUGAACCAAAAAUUGUGGAAUUGGAUGCCAACGAAGAAUCAAGUGAAAAGAAAUCCAACCAAGAGUCUACAUCAUCUGCUCCUGCUGCUCAAGCUACUACUCAAGCUCCAAAGUCUACUAACGUUGAUGUGAUUAACAAGAUCGCACCACUAAACGUUAAAUUCAGAGAUGACUGGUAUCAAUCCAACGAGGAAGUUAUUAUCACUAUCUAUGCCAAAAAAGUCAAUGAAGAAAAGUUGAAGGUCGAAUUUGAUACAAACUCGGUUUGUAUUUCCUUUCCAAGCGCAGCCGCCUCUGAAUACAAGUAUUACUUGGAUCCAUUAUUUGCAGAAAUUGUUCCAUCGGAAUCAAAAUAUAAAGUGUACUCCACAAAAUUGGAAAUCACUUUGAAAAAGAAGGACGCAAACAAGUGGCCCGAAUUAGAAAAGCAAGCAGUAGAAGGUGUGACUGACAACCAGGACAAGGAUAAGAAAGUUGAUCCAUCCGAAUUAGUCUAUCCUACAUCAUCUAAAAAGAAGAUCAACUGGAAUAACUUUAAAAUUGAUGAUGAUGAUAAAGAAGAAGGCAAUGAAAAUGACUUUUUCCGGAAAAUAUUCAAAGAUGUUGACGAAGAUUCUAGAAGAGCGAUGAUGAAGAGUUAUGUUCAAUCGAAUGGAACUGUUUUGACUACAAGUUGGGAUGAAGCUAAAGAUAAAGAAUUUGAGGUUUUACCACCAGAUGGGAUGGAAGUCAAGAAAUGGGAUACGUAA